AGGACAGGCGUAGAGACAAGAGAGAGUAGUUGAAACCUUUUCCCACUCAACACUUUACUCUCUCGCCUUGUGAUCCCCGGAACCCACAUCUUGUUCCUUUGCCAAACUCCCAAAUCUUGUUCUCCUCCACAUAGGUUCCUCCUCCUUCCUUUUCCCUCACACCUCUCUCUCUCUCUCUCUGUGCGUUUGCGUGUGGCGUUGCCGCUAAAGAGGACAUGCGUUUUUCUCGGACAUGGAUAUGAAGAAACUGCCGUUUUCAGAGCCAUUUCAGUUUCCAAGAAGAAAGAUUGCUUCUGGGUUCGGUUUGGGAGUUGGAAUUUCUCUCGUUGUUCUUGUUGCACUUUUCCUGAACAAUUCGUUGAAGAUUCCCACAGGGAAACCUUUGCUGCAGGGUUUUGAAGGGCCAUUGCCGUUGGCAAGUACUGCUAACUUUUCUUAUUUUUCUCCUUCUAAUUCUUCUACUAAUGCUACUUCAGAGUUGCAGAACUCUGUGGACUUAAUGCAAUGGAGUGAAGAAGGAAAGGGGCCCCACGAGACCCACGGAGAAAAUGUUUCAGGUAUAUCUAAAAAGGAAGGUCUUGAGGAGGCGAAUGUGGGAGGGCUUGGUUCAAUCCAUUCGGUUAAUUUCACCGAGACUCUUAAUAAUGGAAGCUUUUCUCUUCAAGAAACAAAUGGUUCAUUGGCUGCUAGGAGCGGGGAUUCUCUGGGUUCUGAAGGAGUAGUUUUAGGGAAAUUUUCUGCAAACUCCUCCGAGAGCCUAAAAAAUGAAAGUGUGCUCGGUCAAGAAGGAAGUGUUAUUGUAAAUCUCGGGCUUUCUGAUAAAGAUGCGGAUUCAGAGAAAAAGAAACUUAUGAGGAAUUCAAGUAAUUGGAAUAGUGUCACAGAAAAAAAUAAUGUGAGCAAUUUUUCACAUAAUGGAGUACUUGGUAACGCCCCUUCUAGAGAAGAAACCGUUACCGCGGUAAAUCGUGCAGAUAAUUGGGACGAGUAUGGUUCUUCAGUAAAGAGAAUGGAUAGUGGUUCUUAUGAGACAUGUGAUAUCUUUGAUGGUAGAUGGGUGAGAGAUGAUACCAAGCCUUACUAUCCUGCUGGCUCUUGCCCUCACAUUGAUAAGGAUUUCGAUUGUCACCUUAAUGGGAGGCCAGAUGAUGGAUAUGUGAAAUGGAGAUGGCAGCCAAAUGGGUGUAACAUUCCAAGUCUGAAUGCUACUGAUUUUCUAGAGAGAUUGAGGGGAAAGAGGCUAGUUUUUGUGGGAGAUUCACUGAAUAGGAACAUGUGGGAAUCUAUGGUGUGCAUACUCCGCCAAAGUGUCAGAAACAAAGCUAGAGUUUAUGAGAUCUCAGGAAAGAGGGAAUUCAAGAAGAAGGGAAUUUAUGCUUUCAGAUUUGAGGACUAUAAUUGUUCGGUGGAUUUUGUUAGUUCUCCAUUCCUUGUUAGAGAAUCAUCUUUCAAUGGUAGAAAUGGAUCAUUUGAGACGUUAAGAUUGGAUUUGAUGGAUAAGACAACUUCAAUGUAUCAUGAUGCCGAUGUUAUAGUCUUCAAUACAGGCCAUUGGUGGACGCAUGAGAAAACAUCUAGAGGAGAAAACUAUUACCAAGAAGGCAACUAUGUGCACCCGAGGCUUAAGGUUUUGAAAGCGUACACGAGGGCUCUCACAACUUGGGCCAGAUGGAUUGACAAGAACGUUGAUGCCAAUCAAACUCAGGUUUUCUUCAGAGGAUAUUCAGUUACCCAUUUCAGAGGAGGCCAAUGGAACUCAGGAGGACGAUGCCACAAAGAAACAGAGCCAAUUUUCAACCAAACUUUCUUAGCAAAGUACCCUUCAAAAAUGAGAGCUCUAGAGCAUGUUCUUUUGGAAACAAAAUCUCCGGUGCUUUAUUUAAACAUAAGCAGGCUUACAGAUUACAGAAAAGAUGGGCAUCCUUCUAUUCAUAGAAUGGAAUACAAGACAGUAGAAGAACGUAUUGCCGCUGAGAGAUCUCAAGAUUGCAGCCAUUGGUGCUUGCCCGGAGUACCAGAUACGUGGAAUGAACUAUUAUAUGCUUCUCUCUUGAAGGCUGGAAAGGGGUCUUGGAAAAACUGAAUAGAGUCGUACACAUUGCAUAUCAAUUUAUUAUUCUUCUUAUAAAUCCUGUUUUUUACUUCUUUUAAACAUCAAAUGUAUCAUAUCUCAGCUUAUAUAUGCCGCUCGUUUUGAAUUA